AUGAGGAUCUUGUCGUGGAACUGUCGGGGGCUUGGGAACCUACCGACAGAGCGGGCUUUGAUUAAGCUCAUCCACUCCAAAGUUCCCGAUGUGGUGUUUGUUUCUGAGACUCGUUUAUAUGCAGCAGAGGCCCAACGGCGGCGUCGCCUUGGGGGAAUGUCAAAUGUUUUUCCGGUAGGUUGUGCUGGUAAUGGCAAAUCCAGAGGAGGAGGUUUGUGUAUGUGGUGGCGACAUGAUUUGGAGCUGGAGAUUAUUAACUCUUCUCUCAACCAUAUUAUGUGUACUAUAUUGCAUCCGGACACGCAGUUGCCUAUGACGUUGAUUGGGGUUUAUGGUUUUCCGGAUAAUCGGAGGAAGAGGGAUACUUGGAAUUUGAUUAGAGGUCUGCUCGGCGGCUCGGCUCGCCCUUGUCUAGUGAUUGGUGAUUUUAAUGAUUUGGUGUCUCCGACAGACAAGUUAGGUGGUGACCCCCCUGACUAUGGCCAUUUGCAGUGGGUGACUCAAAUGUGUAGCAGUUGUGAUUUACAUGAGGUUGAUUUUUCAGGGUACAGGUUUACUUGGUCCAACAAACAGGAAGAGCCGAAUAAUAUUCAGGAGAGGAUUGAUUUUGCUCUUACUAAUAGUGCAUGGGAUGCGCUAUGGGCCUCUACUUUUGUUUCACACAUGCAGAAGCACCGUUCAGAUCAUAGUCCCCUUCUCUUGACCUGUGACACUUAUAGGAGGAGAAAGGAACUAGCCAGAAAGCGAAUGUUCCGGUUUGAGGAGAUGUGGUUGAGAGAAGGAAGGGAAUGUGAAGAGGUGGUGUCCGAGAAUUGGUGUCAAGAGGGCGCUACGGUAAUGGAGAAGUUGGCAUUAGUGAGUGGAGCUCUAGAUGGCUGGGGGAAGGAAAAAUUUGGGGAUUUACCACAGAAAAUCUCUUAUCAGCAGGCUAUUUUACAAAAUUUACAGUGGCAGCAGCAGACAGAACAAGUAAUUCUCUCUAUGCAAGGGGCGGAAAAGGAGCUUGAUGCUUUGCUUGAGCAAGAAGAGAUUUGGUGGGGGCAACGAUCUAGAGCUUCUUGGUUGGCACACGGCGAUCGGAAUACUAGACAAUGGAAGGAAGUUUAUAGAUGA